CGAGAUCGCAUCGGCGGCCUCUAGUUUCUAUUUGUCGUUCCACUUUUGCACUUGGUUUCAAUUUUGGCCGCUAGAUGACGCGCACGUCACUGUUCGAAAAAGAAAUGCAGACGGCUCCCGCCCACCCAAUCCCGUCCUCUGUGGUGCCAGUGCCAGCCCCUACGACGCAAUAAGCAACCUUGGGAAGAACCAUCAGUAGUGGCAGGGACUCGGCGAUGAAUGUUGUCGUACCGUUUUCUGCUGUCGAGUGUUUUCGUCCACACGUCGCAUUCUUGAGUUUUUGUAUCUCGGUCGUCGUCUGAUUCGAGUCUGAUUUUGUUUUCGUCUUUCUAGGCGUCCUCAAAAGUUGUUUGGGCAUUUAGAACGACCCCAGUGGAAGCCAAUAAUUAUCCGUACGAAAGUGCUUCGUUUUCUGCACAGUGUCGUCGUGUGUGCUGCCAGAGAGAAACUGGAAAGAUUAUUGGGCAGUUUCCUAAUAAAGUGAAAUGGUGUUGUAGUGUGUGUGUGUGUGAAAAGUGUGGUGCAUCAAAACCUCGUCGUUCCCCUAUCCACACAACACGCAGAGAGAGAGACAGACAACAGUGUGGCGGCCAUCUUUUGCGUCGUGACUUUUUCGUCUGGACGUCUCGAUUCGUUUAUUGGUCGCGAAAGAAAAAGUUGUGUCUGAAAGUCGGCCAGAUUUUGUUGCCUUUUUGGUGAUGAAUUGCGUGUUGGAUUGGCCGGGUUGCGGCGAGAGAAACAACACCGACACGGCAUCGUGAACCGUUGGAUAUUGACCAGUGUGUCUGGGACGGGGCAGCGGUGGCGCUAGCUGUCACUGAAGGUUUGAAGGCGAGUGGAUACGAUGGAUACCGGUUGACUUGAAAUCCUUGCCCACCACCACCACCACCACCUACUAAAGAGGAAUAUCAAAAGGUGAAGAAGAAGAAGAAGAAAAGUGCCAGUGCAAAUUACGUGAACUGACAGACAAAAUGGUCGUUGACGAUCGGAUAACCAACGAUCCGGAUCGGUUGAUUGGCGGCUCGUUUCGUCAAGUCGAUCGCAGAACAUGUCCUGCAUUAAGGAGUCGACGACGAGGAGGCUUUUUCCUGGCCAUCCUUGUCGUUUUCGUGAUCUUUCUCGACGUGACUGGAGCCACUUCUCUCGGCCUGGCUCUACCGGCCCUUCCCAGUUCGUCCAUCGACGCCUAUCAGCCUCUCAGGGAGAAAGAGAUUUGUCCCAGUAUCGAAGUGCGGAACGGCCCCCAACAAUUUUCGGAAUUGGAGGGCUGCCGAGUGGUGGAAGGUUUCCUUCACAUUGUUUUGAUGGAAAAUUUGGACUUUGCCAGCGAUUUGAAUAAUCGCAGCUUCCCGGCCUUGCGGGAAAUCACGGGCUAUUUGCUCUUUUACCGCGUCUUCGGCCUACGCUCCAUCGGCCAACUGUUUCCCAAUUUGGCCGUCAUCCGCGGCCAGCAGCUCCUUUUCGAUUUCUCAUUCGUCGUUUAUGAACUCAUGCAACUACAGGAAAUUGGACUGAAAUCGUUGGCGGAACUGCAGCGCGGGUCCGUCCUCAUUGAGAAAAAUCCAAAUCUCUGCUACGUGGAAUCGAUCGAUUGGGGCCGAAUUGGUCAUUCCGGCCGCCUCAAUCAUUUCAUCCAGGGUAAUAAAAGGGCCAGCGAAUGUCCGAAAUGUCAGGAUCGUUGUCCAGCCGGUGGAGAUGGUCGCAGACUUUGUUGGAACAACGACGACUGCCAGAAAGUUUGCGACCAAUGCGGUCAAGGCGUCAGCGGAGCGUGCAGCGUGAUGACGAGGGAUGUUGGGCGUCCGUCCGAAAUGCGCUGCUGUCACGAGGAGUGCGCUGGUGGCUGCAGUGGCGGUCAGAGCAACCAGUGCGACGUUUGCAAACACGUCAUCCACAACGACGAAUGCCGAUCCGUCUGUCCUCCUGGCCAUUACUUGUUUAUGAAGCGGCGAUGCGUCACUGACGUCGAGUGCAUCACCAUGCUACCCCCACGCCAAUCUGUCCAGGAAUAUCCGUACGUCAAAAAGAAUUGGAAGGUCUUUGCUGAGUCGGGGGAAUGCAUCUUGGAAUGUCCGCCAGGCUUUCAGGAAAAAAAAAUAGAUCACAAUGAUACUCUACAUUAUUUUACCUGCGUUCCCUGUCAAGGUCCUUGUCCCAAGGUGUGCAAGGGAUUGUUCGUUAGCAACAUCGAAACGGUCCAAAAGUUGCGGGGAUGCACAACAAUCGAUGGCGACCUGGAAAUGCAGAUCAAAGGAGGCGACAACAUCAUCCAGGAACUGGAAAGGAGUCUCGGCAGCAUCGAAGUGAUUAAAGGAGUUCUCAAAAUCACGCGCUCCUUUCCCAUCUUGUCGCUCAGUUUCUUCAAGAGUCUCAGGAACAUUACCGGAAAACCGGAAACGAUACAUUCCAGUGGGAGCAAAAAUUUUGACGACGAAUACGCGUUGACUGUUCAGGACAAUCAAAAUUUGCAGCAGCUGUGGCCCAAGACGCAGAAUUUGACAAUCUAUAAAAAGAUGUUGUUCCAUUUCAAUCCCAAGUUGUGUUUGAAUUUAAUCGAAGAACUCGUCAACUCAAGUACCGUUCCAGGAACUUUGGCGUUUAAGCACUCGGACGUGGACAUUUCACCUUGGUCCAAUGGCGAUAAGGCUACGUGUGACGAACAAGUUCUAAACGUCACUAUUGUUAAUAAGUCGGACAAAAGCAUGCAAUUAAGCUGGAAUAAUUUCAGAGCUACAUUGGCUGACAAACGUCAGUUAUUAGGUUAUGUAAUCUCAUACAUUGAGGCGCCUUAUAAAAACGUCUCUUAUUUUGACCGUCGUGACGCUUGCGGUGGUGAUGGAUGGACUACAAUUGAUGUCGCUGCUAAUCAUGAAGCUGAACCCGAAGAGAACGAAAUGAACAUUAUUACUUAUCUCAAGCCUUACACUCAAUACGCCAUCUAUGUACAGACGUACACAGUAGCGCCCCAACAAACUGGCAAACGAAUUGGCGCACGUAGUCCAAUAUUAUACGAAAGAACAAGUCCAGCAGAACCCGACCAACCGGAAGAUUUGAGGGCUUCUGCGAAUUCCAGCUCAGAACUGGUUAUUGACUGGAAACCUCCAAUUAACCCUAAUGGAAUUGUGACACAUUACAUCGUCACUGGCAGUUGGCGUAAAGACGACCAAGACUACUUUGACAAACUCGAUACUUGCGCUGAACAUGUUAGUUCAUUGGUUGUUAGUGAAACGAAGAAGCCAGUUUUGGAGGAGACAUCGCCGGAUAACCGGACUUCAAUAUUCGGCGAUCCAAGUAUUUUUGCAGCGUCUCCUGAAGGAAACAACAACCCCGAAAGUGGCGGCGGCAGUGGCGGUGCUCAGCAAGGCAAAUGUUGCCAAUGUACUGGAACAAAUGACAAAGUGACUCUGGAGAAGAAGGAAAAAGAGCAACAAUUCAAAAUUGAAUUUGAAAACUUUCUCCAUGAUAAAAUCUACAUCAAAGACCCCGUCGUCCUCGGUCGCAAAAAACGACAUGUUGAUACGACGACUGAAAUUGGAGAUCCAGACAACAACGCUAUAGAAUUCCCCGAAGACAAGCCCACGAUUAAUUCUUCCCACAAUCAAGCCAUUGGAAUUGCGCCCGGUGAAAAUCACACCAAUUUCUACGAUGGCAAUAAUCGACUGAUCACUUUUUAUCAAAAAGUGACGGGUACGAGUUACACUGUGGUCGGUGUACGACACUACGCCGAAUAUACUAUCAAAGUGAUUGCUUGUCACGACCACGAUCCCUUCACAAAUAGGACAUUGUGCAGUAUGACUGCCGCCUUGACUUCGGCUCGCACUAAACAGAGUGAUUUCGCGGAUGAUAUCGUUGGUGGUGUAGUGAGAUACGAAUCGAAUAACACGUCUCGAUCGAUUAAAAUUGGUUGGAAUGAACCGGAGGAUCCCAACGGACUAAUUAAAAAAUAUCUCCUGGAGUACAGACGAUCAGAUAAUGGCAAAGUUGUUAGAGAAUGCGUUCGCCGGAAGGACUUUGUGGAAAGCCAACGCACUAAAUUAAUGGUCGAUUUAAUACCGGGUAACUAUUGCGUUCAAGUACGAGCGGUUUCUUUGGCCGGGCCUGGACCACCUACCAAGGACGUUUGUUUCCUCAUCGAGGAACAUUUCAAUGGAAUGACUGGUAGCAUGAUAUCGGGUAUCUUCGUCGUCGUCCUAUUGGUUGUAGUUUUGCUGGCCGCUGUUCUUGGAUAUUACUUUAUUAAAAACAAAAAGUAUAAGGAUGACCAUGGAACGGUCUCAAUCAAUCCGGAUUAUCACAAAUAUGUCCCCGAUGAGUGGGAAGUGGCCCGUGACAAUGUCGUCAUCCUCCGUGAAUUGGGUCAGGGCUCUUUCGGUAUGGUCUACGAAGGCCUUCUACGUAACACAGUUCCUAACCAGCCUGAAGUGAAAUGUGCCAUCAAAACGGUCAAUGAAAAAGCCAAUGUGAAGGAGCGAAUGGAAUUCCUUACAGAAGCUUCUGUCAUGAAGGAAUUUAACGCUAAUCAUGUCCUCAAACUACUGGGAGUUGUCUCUAAAGCUCAACCCACUUUGGUCAUUAUGGAGUUGAUGGCUAACGGAGACUUGAAGUCAUAUCUACGCUCUCACCGUCCAGACUGCGAAGAAAACGUCACCGAAGGUCGACAACCGCCUACCCUAAAGUGCAUAUUGAAGAUGGCCAUCGAAAUUGCCGAUGGCAUGAUGUACUUAUCGGAGAAGAAGUACGUUCAUCGUGAUUUAGCAGCUCGGAAUUGCAUGGUGGCUGGCGACAUGACCGUCAAGAUUGGCGAUUUUGGGCUAACGCGAGAUAUUUACGAAACGGAUUAUUACCGCAAAGGCGGUAAAGGACUUUUACCCGUUCGAUGGAUGGCACCCGAAUCACUACGAGACGGUGUCUACACCUCUCAAUGCGAUGUCUGGAGUUUUGGCGUCGUGUUGUGGGAAAUGGCGACUCUCGCCUCGCAACCCUAUCAGGGUUUGACUAACGAGCAGGUUCUCAAGUACGUGAUUGAUGGUGGCGUUAUGGAACGGCCCGAAGGUUGUCCAGACAGGCUCUACAAUCUCAUGGAAAGCUGUUGGCAAUAUGUUGCCAAAAGACGACCCACCUUCAUCGACCUCAUCGAAAAUCUCUUGCCCGACGUUCCAGUGCAGUUUGCCAGUGUCUCGUUUUUCCAUUCGGACGCCGGCGUGAGUGCCCGGGCGGCACCCAAGGCCCACUAUGAGCAAGAAACUCAACUCCUGAACGAAACGUUGAUGUCGCUACCCGAAGGAGAUUCAGAGUUUGAUGAGUAUCUCAUGGGUGACCCUUUAUCCAGAUUUCGUCAUUACGCUAGUGAUCAGAUUGUGCAGAUUGAUGAUGAAAGACACACGGGUGAAGAGAUUCCACUGACUUCGAACCUGCUUUUAGAGAGUAGAAGAAGUGACGAAGGUGAAGAAGGUAUAAGGGAAGAAGAGGUCGGUGAUGACGAUCAUGUUCCAGUCCUUUUUCCACACGAUAGGGGCGGAGCCUACAUCUUGGUGAAAAAUCCUGGCGGUCAAAUUGCAGCGAAUGGCAAUGGCAGCAAGAGCGAAAGCUCCAAAGGCACUACCUCCAUGGCUAGUGAAGAUAGUAAAGGAAGUUAUGUAAGCAACGGCAGUGCGUCCAACGGUUACGUCUUGGGCAUUUUGAAACAGCGUCGGCAUAACAACACGGAAUGUUGAUGAAACUCCACUUUCUCUCUCAGUCUCCUCCGAUUUGUAAAUCUACCUCGUGCAAAUCAAUGUUUUGUCUGUCAGUUACCCACAAACAGGGACUAGCUCAUAACGGAAACAAACCAGUGAAUUUGCAAACAAAAAACAAAGUCUCGUUAAAUAUCUCCCUCAUUCGUUUUCUGACAAAAUAUUUGUUGUUUUCCAGUGUACUGUUUCCUGGACGUACUUAUAUUUACAAUGUAUAUAGAAAAUUUUAUGCUGUACAUAUGUUUUUAAAAUGAAUUUUGCAGCUGCCGAAAAAAAACGACGUUGUGUGGAUAACACAGAUGCCGAAAAACAGACUGGUCAACGAUGCUUUGUUUGUAUGCGUGUUAAAAUUACGAAUAAUAUUUAUACAGUGCAAAUAUUUUACGACUUUGAAAAAGAAAAAAAAAAAUUCCAAUUUUUGUUCGGUUUUUUUUUUUAAGAAAAAAGCCCAACAAUUGUUGUACCUCAUUUACUAGUUUUAGUGUAUUUACAUAUGGGUUCAUAUCUUGUUGAAAACUCUUCAAAAAGAAUGUGAAACACUGCAUAUUUAUCUGCUCAAACACAAAAAUGUGAGCUGCCUCGAAUGCACGUCAUAAUGACGUGCGCAUUUGUAACAGCAUGUGUGCCCGCUUUUUCCCCCUUCCGGCAAAUGUUUUCUUUUGCUGAUACAAGUCACUCUUUUUAUUCUUGUUACAAAGCGAAUGUGUGUAUGCGACUAAGUUUGUUUCAGUUGUUAAUGGCCACAAUGGCAGACAUUUUUCUUAUUAUUUGUUUCCGUCUAUUAGACUCUUAUUGAGUCUUCAAGUGGAUCAAGGCAAAGAAAAGAAAUGCUGCUAUAACAAUACACAAAGCAUAAAAUUAA